AUGCUUGAACCUGAGCCGAGCAAAGGGGCGAUCCACGCAUUAUUUCCGCAGGGCCAGUUUACCCUUUUCGCGACACCAGACCUUUGUGAAGACCCCUUUUCGGUGAAUAUGCCUACAACCGAGCAAGUCAGAGAAAUUUUCGCGCCUUUCGAAAAAGGGGAUGCCGCUGCCUUCUUUGAGAGUAUCGCCGAAGAUGUGGACUGGCAGGUGAAAGGCACAUAUUGCCCCAUCGCUGGCCACUACCAUUCCAAAAAGCAAUUUCACGAGGGAACAAAAGGUCUCAGUUCUACAUGGGCGAGCCCUUUGAAACUUCAAGUUGAGAACAUCAUCUGCGAUGGUCGGCAGGCUGCGGUCGAGAUGAAGGCCGUGGAUACUAAAUGCAAGAAUGGCCUCCCAUUUAACAACGAGUAUACUUGGAUAUGCGAGUUCGACGAUCAGAAUAAGAUUGUCAAGAUUCGCGCCUAUAUGGAUACGGAUCUGGUGGUUAGAGCCAUCAAAGAGAAUCAGUAG